AUGCGAUCAAAAGAUGAUGCUAAGAAAUGGAGUUACUUGCUCUUCCACUCUCUGUUUAUUGGCGUUCUAUGGACAUUGCCAGCGGCAAAUGCGUUUUGGUGGCCUCAAACCGCACCAACCACAACCGAAGCACCCGCAUCCGCACCCGCACCCGCGAUGAUGCAGCAAAUCCCGCUCACCUAUUUCCGCACCUAUACGUACCAGCCGCUGCCGGGUAGUCCGCUAAGCUUUCCAUUCUUUGGCUUUGGGGCGGCGCAGACACCGCUCUUGUCGAGUCCACGCUACGAUCCGUAUGCCAUAACCAGCUAUGCCGCCGCCAGACGCCACGAUGCGGGCAAACCGGGCGUGACGCCGCCAGCGCUCUCCAGCAGUCCACCGAUUAGCAGCACAACUACAGCGGCACCCACGACGACCACCACACCGACGACUACCACUACGAGCACCACAACAACGACGACGACUACUCCUGCACCACCGACUACAACGAGCAGCACAGAGCUGCCACCACUGCCGCCCCGUUUCGCCUACCAGUCGGACUAUCCCACGUACAGUCGACGGGUGAAUAAUCUGUAUAAUGCCCGACCGCAAUACCCGUAUCCGGAGUACUUCAACUAUCAGCCGCAGAGCACCACCCUGAUGGACAAGAGUGGCACUCGCAUUCAGUUUGUGCCCUGCAUGUGUCCGGUGAGCGUCGCCGCCAUGCCGCCGAGCUCUGCUGCCAGUGGCUCAGGUGUCACCAUCAGUUCCACGGCUGACUCCGCAUCUGCGGAGAGCGCCGCACAAAUGCAGGCUCGCAACAUGGAGGACGAUGAUGAGGAUGUUGCUGCCCAGGCUCUGACUCAGGCUCAGGCUCAGGCACAGGCUCCAGCUCUGACAGCAGUCACUGGCGAGCAAAAUGCUCCUUCGACGCCGGCCAAUCCGGCCGGCAACACCACGGCCAGACCCAAAUUGCUGAUUGAGGCACAGGACACCACGCCGGCCGUGGACUCAAAUAGUCUCGUCUAG